UGUGGGUCUGAUGCCUGCCGCCAUGCUCCCGUGCUCCGCCGCGCCGGCCGGGUCAGACUGGAGCUUUCAGAACCCGGUGGGGGUGGACUGCAGCGCCCCCGAGCCUCGCUGCAUUUGGCUGGCUGUCCUCCAUGGAGCCUCAAGCCCGACGCCGCCCGACGCUCACGUUCAGAGCUCACACCCACCCCGGGCUAAGGGACGGAGGGAUGGUCACUCCUCAGCCGGAGAAAACCCUCGGCCGCCGAUGGCGACCCGGCCCGGGCGCGGAGGGGUCGGCGGCGUGGGGUGGAAGGGUCCCCGGACGCUGGUCCUCCACAAGAACUCCCAGGGUUUUGGUUUCACCCUGCGCCACUUCAUCGUUUACCCUCCGGAGUCGGCCCUGCACACCAGCCUUAACGAUGAGGAGAACGGGAACGAGAAAGGGUACCASAAAGGUCGUCUGGAGCCGAUGGACACGAUAUUUGUGAAGAACGUGCGAGAGACGGGCCCGGCCCACCAGGCGGGCUUGUGCACAGGGGAUCGGCUGGUGAAGGUGAACGGGGAGAGCGUUCUUGGAAWGACGUACUCGCAGGUGAUCGCCCUCAUUCAGAACAGUGAAAGCGUGCUGGAGCUUUCCAUUAUGCCAAAAGACGAAGACGUGCUUCAGUUAGCGUACUCCCAGGAUGCUUACCUGACGGGGAACGAGCCCUACAUCGGGGGAGCUGAGAACCUCCCGCCGCCGCCUCCCCUCUGUUACCCACGCGCCAAAACUGGAGCCCCACUGUCCACCCACAUGGUCCAGAACCAGCUGGACAACUGGAGUUGCUGGCCAGGGUCUUCUGGCCCUUCGUCACCCUUGGACAACCGAUCGGCUGUGGGCAGCCCAGCCAGCUGGCAGGAGGGGCAAGCAGGUGAGCCAGGAGGCGUGGGUCACAGCAGUCCAGCCCACCGCACAGAGGAGAUCCAGUACGGCAUGACCAGCCAGCAGCCUCAGGGUCAGACUAGGGGGCGGUCCUACUCUUCUUCUUCCUCGUCCGGCGGUCCUCUGUCCAGCCCGCUGCAGGUCCACUACCCCAACCACCACAGCGCCGGCUCUUCUCAGGCCCCACAACGCAAACCCAGCURGGUCUGGACCAGCCCACCCAUGCCCCAGGUCCGCCACGGCCGCCCCGAUCGGACUCAGCAGGCGCUGUCUGACUGGUACUACAACCAGCAGCCCGAGCGCCCGGGACGCCACCCACCGCUCCGCCACCGCAGCUACUCCCAGGACCGGCUGAGCGAGCAGCGGCGGCAGCAGCAGCUGCAGCGGCCGGGCGGCUGGCCCCACAGCGCCUCGCAGGACACCCUCUUCUUACUGCAGCAGCCGGGACCGCGUGGAGAGCCCUGCUGGGCUGCCGGAGAAUGGGAGGCCGGUCCCGGCAGGGGCCACCCUGCGCCUAAUUACACCCGGACGCGCUCAGAGAACCUGCUGGCCCAGUACAGCCACCACGGCCGCUCCUUGGAGAAGCUGGACCAGGUGUCAGCAGGACUGGCGUUGCCUCGGUCCGAGAGGCAGCCCUGGCCCCAGCAGGCCUCCCAGCCCCCCCAUAGGACCGACGCGUACCCGAGGCCGAGGUGCUACACUGCCGCGGCACAGGCCCCUCCGGUGCCUCGACAGUCCCAGCCCAAACUGCAAACCCACCAGGCCGCCCUCCAGAACCGGCGGCUCUCUCCGGGGCAGAGCGUGGACGAGCAGACGGGCUACCGCAGCUACAGCCCCUCGUUCUACCGCAAGACGGGCCGCAUCCUGCAGCAGGCCCACUCCUUCAGGGACCCCUCGUACUCUGGCCCGCACUUGAACUGGAACCUGGCCCCUAAAUCCAGCCCCCCGGAGGGAGCGGCACCCCCGGCGUCCUCCGCCCCGUCGGAAUCCCAGGACCGAGCGUACAGGCCGACGAACCACGAGAGGGAACUGGGGUCUGGGGACGGUUCGGCCCAGGUGGCGGCGCAGACCCAGGAGGUGGUCAUGAGGCAGAAGCCCCCUGUCGGGCGGCGGAACACGAAGAGGCAGCCGCACUACGCCCUGCCCAUGGAUGACCUGGAGCCCUCUUUGUUUACGUCUGACCCCAAAGACUCCAGCGGCAGUUCUGGGUCCAACGCAGACGUGGCCCCGCGGAAACCGAACGGCAACCUGGCGCCGCUCUCCCUGGAGGGUGACUCUCUGGCCUCCAUCCCCUUCAUAG